AUGGGACUCCUCCGUGCAGCAACCACUUUCAGCGUCAAAGAUUUCACUGUCUCUGCGACCACUUGGCUUACUAUCUCCUUCCGUCCUUUCCUCCAACAAGCCGUCUUCUUCGUCUUCAAUUCCUUCUUUCCAAUCAUGUUCCGGGCCAACAAGAGAGUUGCCUCUUCCUCCACCACCGCUUCCGCUUCAUCUUCUUCUCCUGCCGCUGGCGGCAUGGAUGUCAUGGAGGUGACCCGGCCUCGCUCGGCGGCCGGCCCCGCAAGGCCCCCGUCGAGGAUGCAGCGCAAGCCUAAGCCCCAGGGUCCCUGGCCGAGGGACGCUGGUGGUCAGUAA